AUGAAGUGUGCGGUUGGUAGGUACGCAACCUAUGUAAUCUCACGAACAAACACUUAUUUGGUUCCAAACAUUUCAAACACAACAUUGAAUGCUCUCGAAUCGCCAACAAAUCAAGCGUAUCAAAAUUUAUCAAAAGCUUUUACAGAUCUUAUUCGUCAGCGUACCAAUUCAAGUUACAAUUUUCAACCAUUAGUUUAUUUUGUCAGACAGGGGACCACACCAUUUUAUGCCUUGACAGCUGAUGUUUCAGUUAAUAUAAGCGUAACCGAUGUUAAUAAUAUACUUAGUCCGAUUAAUGUCGAUGAUAUUCAACCAGUAAAGGCUGCGCCAGGUUGUACAUUACCUUACAAUGUCAAUGGUGUCUCGUAUGCUGUAUGUCAAAUGGAUCCCGAACGAAAUGCUUUUUGUUCAUAUUCAAAAAAUUAUACAAAUGAUCAGAAAAAAGCGUGUUAUGCAUCGACCGACGUUAUAUUACCAAAAAAAGAACCGCUUGCAUGUCAAUUUCCCUAUGCGCCAUAUGAAAAUCCAUGUAACGAUGCAGAUGGAACUAUUAUUUGUAUUGCUGGUGAUACACACUGGACAUGCUAUUGUCGACUAACUGGAUUAAUCGGGAGAGAUUGUGCCUCUCAAUUCGCAUACUGCAAAAGAAAUGGAAGUGUCUGUUGUCGAAACAAUGCGACAUGCGUCGAUCUUCUGGUUUUACAAGAUUUUCAAUGUGUUUGUGUCACACCCUAUUUUGGACGAUUCUGUGACCAAUCUGUAUUUAAUUGUACGUUCCCAUUCACAUACAAUGGUGUUAAUUAUACAACAUGUAUAACAAAAGAUUACGGAUUUCCCUGGUGUAGUCGAACUGCUAAUUUUGAUCUUGAUAAACAACUAUUGCCAUGUCGUGAUGAUGGAUAUUUAACAUUAUCAAAUGAAAACUGGCGAUCAAAUCACUUUAAGAUGUUAUUUAAUAGACGCAAAUUAAUCAAUGCAAUGAAUUUAAUUAAAGAUAACGUCAGUUUAUUUGAUAAAUUACGUGCUGAAAUUAAGAAAACUCUGUUGAUCAAAUCAGAACAAGACAAACCGAAUGAUCGAAAAAUCAAAAUGAAUAAUCUCUUUAAACAAGAACUACAGCAUGACAGUUUACAAAUAAGACAAAAAAUUAUUGAUAUCACCAAAUGUUUGCAAUUGCUUUUCGAACGUCUAACCAAAAAUUAUGUUGAUUUACUGACAAAGAUCAUUGAAGAUUACUAUUCAUAUUAUACCACGUCCAGACUAGGAGAAUCACGAAACGAGACACUAAAACAAUUUCUAAUGACAUUUUUGCAAAAUAUAAAUAUUACACCAUUAAAACAACGAUCUAAACUUGAUCAAGGUCUUAUACUAUUAACACAAGCAUGCUAUCAUAUAUUGAAUAGGGAAUAUAUGAUCGCAUGUGAAGAAUUAUUUCAUGUUCUAUUAUUAAUGCCCGGCGAUGAUCUCUGUUUUAUGCAAUCUAGCCUAACUCCAAGCCGGGAUUGCUCAUUUACAUUCAUAUUAUCAACUGAUAUAUUAGUAGCGAAACAUAUGUAUGCUAAUUUAUUACGUUCAAACCAUGAUAUUAAUAUGUUAUUGAAAUGGGACGAAUUGCCAUCAUUCACUCGAAAUGAAACCCCAGCACUGUUAACAGUUGAUGAAUUAUGGUACUAUAUGCUUGAAAACUAUACUUUCGGUUGGUUAGACUUACCACUUUCACCACCUGAACAUACGACUGUUGAAGAACAAAAACAAAUUGAUCCCGAAUAUGUCGUACUCGAUAAUGACAACUCAACUGUAAUGCAGCCGUCAACUAAGCCUCCCACAGCUGCUAGUGGUGGAAUUGGCUCAUUUUUUAGACGAAUAUUUGGUUUUCGUUCUACUUCCCAUUCAUCAUGGAAUCGAGCACGUAAAUACGUAAUGAAUUAUUUAUUACAUACGAAACAAAUUCGUUAUGAACAAAUCACUGCUAAUCUAAAUUGGCCAAUGAUACCAAGAACAAAAGAUGGAUGGUAUUUGUCAGCAAAACAUAAAUUGAAAAUGAAACAAAAUGAGGCUGAUAGUACAAUAAAUACAUAUGCUACUGUUAUAGGCAUACAAAUUAAUAUAUCACCAGGUAAUUGUGAUUAUUUAUUUGAAUCAAAAUCAAACAAUUGCCCAACUGAUUUGAUAAGUGAUAAUGAUUUUGGUGAAAUAAUGCGUAUGGGACUCGAUGAAGGUAUUGUAUUUAGUCUCGAUGAAUUAAAUGAUCAAUUUUCUCUUCCGUCAAUGAAUCAUUAUCCUUAUCAGCGUAUGCGGUUUAAAUCCGAUAAAUUAAUUGGAUCCGAUUUACUUUUAACAAUGUUUCAUGCUGAUUAUCUUCUAAAACUUUUUGUUACCGGCAUUGAAGUUAAUCCUUUACCACCAUACAAUCUUCGAUCAAUGCAUGAUGGCUUAUUAAAACGUUUACCAGAUCAUUUACGAGAAAUUUUAAAACCGUUACACGAAUACAAUAUACGAAAUGUUCAAAUGAAUCAGGCACAUCGUUUCUGGAUUGAUUCAUCACCAAUUGAAUGUAAAUUAAUUGAAAAGAAUGAUGAUGAUGAACAUAUAAUAACAUUCUAUUUCAAUGAUGUUAGAAUGAUAGUUGAAAAACAUUUACUAACGCGAAAUGCUUGUGGGGAUUUGAUUGAUGCUGAAGAGAGUGCUGAUGAAAGUGAUACAUCACCAGAGGCUAAAUUUGCUAGGGACUUUAUAAAACAUUGUGAUGAAAUUGGUUUAUAUUUUCCAGAACUUUUACGCUUAAAAGAAUUAUUAAAAUUAGCAACGGCUUAUCGACUAUUGAUAGGCAUUAUUAAAAAUAAAACAGAAAGUAUGACUAAGUCAGAUUUUUGUGAACAUAUAAAAACAGGUGUUAAAAACAUUGGUGAAAAAAUUAUAGAUGAAUAUGUAACAAAAACAAGAGAACAACAGGAAAACCUCGACAAUUUGUUACAACGUCAAGGUUUAAAUUCAUUGUAUGAUUUGUCAUAUGAAGAACGUUCAAAAGUACAGAAUGCACUAACCGAAUCAAGAACAAAAUUUCGUCAAUCACUUAUUCAACAAAUGAUUGAUAUUUUGAAAAAAACUGAUACACACGGACAUAUGUCAACGAAUAUACAAAAUAAAAUACGAAGCGAAUUAAAUUCUUUGAUCGAUAAUGAAACAAGAUACAUUUCUGUUGAUAAUCAAAUUUCAAUAAAACAAGUUGAAUGGAUAUCUCAAAUGAAAAAAGUUCAUAGUGAUUGGGUACCGAAAGCAUUCUAUGUUGACAAAUUACAUUCGCAAUUGCCAUCGACAUCAACAAUAAUUGUAUACGGUGGCGUCUGUUUAAAUAUUGGUCAUAUAAAAUUUACAGAAAAUUGUGCAAAUGCUCGUUUUAACAAAACUCGUCUACAAGCAAGAAUACAUACCUAUUCUCCAUCAGAAAAAACGCAUGGUCGUCAAUAUCGACAAAUGAAAUACAGUUAUAGUUUAUUCAAUUUAUACUGUUCACAUGCACCUUUUCAUCAAGAAAUGAAAGAACGUGUAGAAAAAUGGGGACGAAAAGAAUUGAAAAAGAAUCCUGGUCGUCACGUUGAUUUUGAUCAUACCCGUGAUAUGCUCGGCUAUAGAGAUAUGUGCCACGGUCAGAAAAUCGAAGUAUGGGAGCACGAUUGGGAAGAGAGGGUGAACGUCAAUGCACACUAA